AUGGUCCUGGUCCCUGAAGCAAAGGACCAAAGCAAGGCAGCGAAGGGCCGGAGAAGGGGCCUGGUGCGGCCCCCCAUGGCCACCCCUACCCUGGCCUGGGCCCCCGACAACCCCUACACGUCCAUGGCAGACUACAGGCACAGCAUCCAGGACAUGGUGCAGCAGCUGAGGAACAGCUCCGAGCCAGGAGACACCAAGUGCCAGGUCAAUCUGAGGCUCUGGAGGUCCAACCGGCGGAGCAUGUCCCCCUGGGCCUACAGCAUAAACCAUGAUGCAACACGCAUCCCAGCAGACAUCCCUGAAGCUCGCUGCCUCUGCACGGGGUGCAUCAACCCUUUCACACUGCAGGAGGACCGCACCAUGGCCAGCAUUCCCAUCUACAGCGGGCUGCCUGUCCGCCGGCUGCUCUGCCCCCUGACAGGUGAGGUUGGGCACAAGGCCUCCAGGAAAACAUGUCACAAGAAGUACCAGAUGGUCAUGGAGACCAUCGCUGUGGGCUGCACCUGCAUCUUCUGAGGCUGCAGAGCUAAUCCCUGCAGCCAUGCAUGAGCAUCUAACCAGCUUGCUCUU